GCCGUGCAGGCCGCCAUCCUGUCCGGCGACCAGAGCGAGGCCAUCCAGGACGUGCUGCUGGUGGACGUGGCGCCGCUGUCGCUCGGCAUUGAGACGGCGGGCGGCGUCAUGACCAAGAUCAUCGAGCGCAACAGCCGCAUCCCGUGCAAGCAGACGCAGACCUUCUCCACGUACGCCGACAACCAGCCGGCCGUCACCAUCCAGGUGUUCGAGGGCGAGCGCGCCAUGACCAAGGACAACAACCGCCUGGGCACCUUCGACCUGACGGGCAUCCCGCCCGCGCCGCGUGGUGUCCCCAAGAUCGAGGUCACCUUUGACCUGGACGCCAACGGCAUCCUCAACGUCGCCGCCAAGGACACGAGCUCGGGCCGCUCCCAGAACAUCACCAUCAAGAACGACAAGGGCCGCCUCUCGGCCGACGAGAUCCAGCGCAUGGUGGACGAGGCUGAGCGGUACAAGGCCGAGGACGACCAACAGCGCGACCGCGUCGCAGCGCGCAACCAGCUGGAGGGCUACGUGUUCAGCAUCAAGCAGGCCAUCGACGAGGCCGGCGACAAGCUCCCGGAGCAGGACAAGACCAGGGCGCGCGAGGAGUGCGAGGCGACGCUGCGCUGGCUGGACAGCAACACCCUGGCUGACAAGGAGGAGUACGAGCAUCGCCUCAAGGAGCUGCAGCAGAAGGUGCAAGAGGUCAUGGUGCGCCUGCACUCGGGCGGCCCGGGCGCUUCGCAGCCCCAGGCACCCCAGGGCUGCGGGCAGCAGGCUGGCAGGCACAACGGCCCCACCGUCGAGGAGGUCGACUAAGCAACCCAGUCAUUAGUGUGAUAAAGACUUUAGUACAAGUGAGAUUCUGGUGUAAAUGGCUGUGUGAACACGAGCAUAAGUAGCAGUAUUACUUUCACUUCCGAAGAGGUGUGUUGUCUGUAUAUAUGUAAGUUUUGUAGAUUGAAUGUAAUGUAUAAUUAAUUGGUUCUGCAUUAGCAGUGCGCACUAUAUUGACUGAUUAUUUGAUAAUGUUAAUUUAGAUAGCGAAUGUAUAUGUUGUGAGAGAAUUUGACCUCUUGUUCUCUGUUUAACUGUAGUACUACAAGGAUGAAUCUGUGUGGGUGAAUUAUUUAAUUCAAUAAAUUAUUAGGUGAGAUAUUUUUAAA